CGAAAAACCGUAGGACGCAAGUGGACGCCACUGCGUCCGUGUCCGUGUGCGCGCGAGUGCGACAGCGGGUCAUGAGAAAGGGACGCGAGAGAUGAGGGAUGUGCGUGCACGGGGCCAUCGCCGAGGACAACGCCAGGUUCGUCCUGCUUGCCGUUGUGCUCGCGGCUUACAUGCUCGCCGGGGCUGCGCUCUUUCAGAGCCUCGAGUCCGAUCUUGAAAUCAAGCAGGCGGCCGAGUUCUGGCGCACGUACCAGGCGUUCCGUCGCCACCACCUGCGCGGCAGCGCGCAAGCACUGCAGCGUCUGCACGAGCUGCUGUACGCGUACGGCAACGCCUCGGCCACCGGGAUCAUCAACAAGCGUCGCCGCUGGGACUUCCCGGGCAGCUUCCACUUCGUCGGCACCAUCGUCUCGACCAUCGGAUACGGGAGCACGGCGCCGCAGACGUCAGCCGGGAAGGUAGCCGUGGUGCUUUACGGAUUUUUCGGCUGUUCCGGUGGCAUACUGUUCUUCAACCUGUUUUUGGAGCGCAUCAUCACGUUCCUCGCGUGGGUGUUGCGCAGCCUGCACCUGCGGCGCCUGAAGAAGCGCCUCCGCCAGAGCACCCUGGCGAGCUCGCGGCGCGUCGCGCGCAGCGCCAGGCCGAGGGACCAGAAGAACGCGCUGCCCGACAUCCUGGACGAGGAGGACGAGGGCGAGGUGGGCCUGGACCACUGGAAGCCGAGCGUCUACUGGGUCAUGCUGUACCUCUCGCUGGCCUCGUGCGCCGUCGCCUGCACCGCCGCGGCCCUGUACGCGCCGCUCGAGGGCUGGACUUACCUCGAGGCGCUCUACUUCUGCUUCGUCAGUUUCGCCACUAUCGGCUUUGGCGAUUACGUGAGCACGCAGAAGACCGACUACCCGCUCGUCUACCUGUACAGGUUCGCCAACUUCGCCUUCCUGGUGCUCGGCUGCUGCUGCAUUUACUCGCUACUCAACGUCACCUCGAUCGUCAUCAAGCAGGCGCUCAAUCUGCUCAUCCGCAAGCUCAAUUGUCCGCGCGGCGCAAUGGCUGCGCCGCAUCUGCCCAGGAGAAGGUCGUCCGUGUCGGCGAUCUACUACGCGAGGCGUCGUCCCACCAAGCUCGUGUCUCGCGACUCGAUCAAGCCGGAGAUGGACGGCGCCAUCGACACGCCGCGAAGGAUGUCCGGCGAGCUGAUCUCGAUGAAGGAGUUCCUCUCGGCCAACAAGGUCAGCUUGGCCAUCAUGCAGAAGCAGCUGUACGAGACGGCUCACAUGCAGUACCUGCCGAGCCCGCAGCCGGCGCCGGCGCCGCCUCUGCCGCGGGCGACCUUCAAUUCGGGGCCCGGCGCCGUCGGCCCUCUGGCCAUCGCUUGCGAGAAGUUCGAGCAGAACGCCAAGGCUCCGGUCGGUCACAGAUAAGGAAGCGGCACGCGGCUCCGCCACGGCUCGUGCGCGUUCCCGUGGCGCUGCUGCAACGGCUUGUCCUCGCGCAUUUUCGACAGCGAUCGCGAAAGCCCUUUUCAGCCCCUCAACCGCGUGCCCGUUGCUCCUCUUGCUAUCCGUAGAUCGCAAAGACACGUGCGUACGACGGAGUUUUAGCAGAUUUCGAUCGUUGGCCGUGUUCGGCCUCUAAAUUAUACAACCGGACGACCUUUCAUUUUUCCUUCAACGUCUCGGUCAAUCGUCAGUGCUUAUUCGUCGAGCAUCGAUAUGUCGGAGAAUAAAGCCAAUUCUUAUUCGGCUAAUCGUUUGAAACAUGCAUAUCGAGUAUUCGCGUUUGGCUAGCACUUGCUUGCUUUUAGACGCGACGUUUCCGACAACGUUAUAGAUCCUCCGCUCACACACCUUCGUGGAAAUGUCAAGAACCGUGGCUCUUUGCAUACAAGUACGAUCAAGAUUAAACGAUGUUAGUGAUCGUUCCGCCAUAAGAUGUUUCGCAAAAAUGGAUGACUCGUAAUCGAAUUUAAUAUCGAUGUCUCGUAUGCGUGCAUUAUAUUUAUGACAACCGAAGGUCGACUGUGCAUUGCAAACGGAUCAGUCGCCCAUAGAAGUUGUCUUGAGAUAUUUACGUUUUUUUAAAUUAUCCAGCUUAUUUUUGCAUGUAUUGGUAGUUUUUCAUUCAAUAGCGGUACGUCGGAAGUGGCAACGGAGAAAUAGCUAUCAACCAAAUAAGGAACCAAGAGCAAUUGCCUAUUGCACGGCCAUGACGAAGAUGAAAUUUACGGAUUUAUUUUUAUAUCCGUGAAAGUACUAGGCUAACUGUUACUAUGCUUAUUUGCUGUGAUGUUGUUUUAUUCAGCGUAUUGAUGCAUCUGUGCGGCCAAAUCGAGCUAAUUAAAAAGCAUUUUCGAGGCACUACCGUGACAGUGGAAGAAAGAUCUUUGAAAGAUAAAGUCGACAAAUUCGCUGGUUAACUGAGUAUCGAAAAAUGGCUACAUCGGAGAUGCAUUCACUUCGGCUAAUUCACAGUGCUGGUAUAAACUUCACGCUGUAGGUAAUUUACCAAUCUAUGCUUUAUUGCAGGCAGUCGUAGGCGUUGAUCGAUCUAAAUCAUAUUGCCGAGAUUAAUAUAACAGUGGCGUUAAAAAGUGACUCAAUUUGAAAUUUACCCAAAAUAUAUCCACUGAGUUUUCAAAUCACAGGUCAACUUGAUAGUCGGACAUUGCUUUAUAAUAUAUUAAAGCGCAAAAUGUUGAAAUAUCUUCUGAUCAAUUGUUUUUCUCAUAUCUUAGAUCUUAGAGUAAUUAGGUUUAGUAGGUAAUAACUAACUUUCCGAUAACUGCUUGAAAGUAUUUCAGUCGAUAGCAACAAAUGGUUCAUAGAUGAAGCUGUCAAAAUUAGUUUUUUGAGAAACUUGUUUUACUAGGAAAAUCCACGAAUGAGUGAAAGCAUAUCGAAUAUAUUGGCUGUCAAUCACCAUAAAAAACAUUCGAUUACUAGACCAAUCACGUGCAACAGUUCUAAAAAUGCGUUUUAAUCGCGUUUGUAUAGAUUCUAUACAUAGAGAGAUUUUAAGAAAAUGCUGUUUAAACAACCACGUCUGUGACACUAGGAGCGUUGACGGACUGCUUUGUUUCUCUGUUUGAUUUAUUUAUUUAUUUAUUUAUUAUUAUUAUUUUUUUUUUUGGCGUUGUUGCAUUUCAGGACUGUACAUUAAUUAGAACAACAAGGACACGAGCAAAUUCUCAUUACUGUUGGAUGGAAUUUCAACAAUAUUCAUCAACUGGAGACGGGAUCAAAGGAGUCUGUCGACACUCGUAUGUCCGUCAAUUUUUGAUAGCGAUUAAUGGUUUACACUUACUCUUAACCGCGAGACACAGUAACGCGUGACUCUUGCGAUUUACACCACUCAAGAGUAUUUUUAUUAAAACGUAACUUCCAUUGAUAGACGUGUGAGCUUGCCGGCCUGACAAAUCGUGCAGAAACGAAAGGAAAAAUCAAUAAAUCGUAAUCGAAUGAGCUUGCGAGCGCUUUUCAACACAAUUUGUACAAAUUGUGAAAUGUUAAUCUUAACGAUUGUAGAUUUCGAGGCAUUGAAUAAAUAAAUAAUAAAUACUUAUAGUCAUUUGUUUGUUGCUGCUUUGAUUACUAAGGUGCGCU